AUGCAGGGAAGCGCAAAUGGUGCGGCACAAGGGAGAAGUUUGAGAGAGAGGCCCGUAGGAAGCGAGUGUGACUCAUGGAGAGCUUCGACCAGCGCACAUGCUGCAACAGUUGGGAAAUGUGGCGGGAUGUCACAUUCAUCAAUGGGGAUAUUAUUCUUUACUGCUCAGACCAUGGCGCUGACCGCACAGUCCUGGCGCUGUGGGGAAGAUGCCGGCAACGCCGAUAAAGAGAGGGAAAACCGCAUGGCGAGGACUUUCAUCUGCCUUCUCCAACUCCUGCAGCUGUGCUAUCUGCUAUAG